AUGGCGAACGUGGCAUCAGAAAAAGAGAGAUUGUUGGACGAAAAAGACGAAGAAUCGUUUUUUCCCGGCGAUGACUCAGGGAGAGUUCAGAGGAGUCAGGACAGAGCUACAUAUGAGGAGGCUAUAGCAGCUACAGGCUAUGGAAGGUUCCAGUACUGGUUGUUGUUUGUAUGUGGCUGGGCCAACGCUAGUGACGCUAUCGAGAUCCUCUGUGUGUCCUUUCUCCUCCCCUCUGCAACAUGUGACCUCAAACUCACUACCACAGACAAGGGAUGGCUCAGCGGGGUCAUCUUUGCAGGCAUGAUGAUUGGAGGCUAUGUAUGGGGGGCUCUUGCUGAUGUACAGGGCAGGAGAAAAGUGUUGAUGCUGUCCCUCCUAGUGAAUGGACUGUUCGGGCUGGCUUCCAGCAUGGCAAACUCCUUCCUUCUUUUCCUCUUCUUCAGAUUCCUGAGUGGAGUGGGUGUUGGAGGUUCUAUCCCUGUGGUUUUUGCGUACUACUGCGAGUUCCAGCCCAAGUCCAAGCGUGGCACCAUGCUCAGUGUACUCGCGGCAUCCUGGAUGUUUGGCAACAUCAUCGCCGCUGGGCUCGCGUGGUUGGUCAUUCCCAGGACGUACUUACAGUUCAGCCUGGGGACCAUGAUGUACGACAGUUGGCGAGUGUUUGUGGCACUCUGUACCAUCCCUAGUCUCACUGCUGCACUACUGCUCACAUGCAUGCCCGAGAGCCCCAAGUUCCUCAUGGAGAUGGGGAAAGAGAAAGAAGCGCUGCGUGUUUUGUCUCGAGUCCACAAGAUGAACACAGCCAAUGGGAAGACUCCUAGGCAAUACUCAGUAAGGCAACUGGAAGUGGCCACAAAAAAGGAUGACGACAAGGCCCCCCACCUCCGUGGGAAAACCGCCUGGCGAGUGAGAUGUGCGGAGGUUGGAGCGACAUUCCGCGUGAUCGUGAACCAGACCGUGGAGCUGGUCAAACCCCCGCUGACAUCGCGGACUAUCGUGAUGAUGAUCAUCAUGUUCAGCAUCUGUUUUGGGUACUAUGGUUUGUGGCUGUGGCUGCCUGAACUGUUUAAGAGGAUAGACCUGUACGGAGGUUCACCGUGUUUGGAGUCACACAAGGGAGUAAACGGCUCCGCUCCACCCGUCCCUCUCAAUGAGACAUGUUUACCAUCAGAAGAUGUGUACUUCGAGGGAUUUCUCACAGCUGUGUCCAAUCUACCGGGGAACAUCUUUGCCACAGUUCUCAUGCACAAGCUUGGGGCAAAGAUCCUACUUAGUGGAAGUUUGUUUUUCUCAGGAGUCAGUGUGUUUUUGUUCUGGUUUGUGAGCAGUAAGACCCAGAGCCUGAUCGCCUCCUGUGCCUUUGGUGGGAUUUCUGUCAUCUGUUUUAACAGUCUGGAUGUCCUGGGUGCAGAACUAUAUCCUACUCAUCUCAGGUCUACUGCUAUGGGCAUCCAGACAGGCAUGGGGAGGAUAGCCGCCAUUCUGGGAAACGUGGUGUUCGGUUUGCUGGUGGACACGCACUGCGCCAUCCCGCUGCUCAUGGUAGCCUCGCUUCUCGUUAUCGGGGGACUCGCCGCGAUCAAACUCCCCAACACCAAGGGCACGGAACUGCACUGAAGGUCAUAGUGUCUGCAGCAUGUCUGCAGAACGUACUGCACCUGCGCGAAACUUGGAUUUUUCUCGGUUUUCGUUGGAUUUUUGGUCAACGUUGCAUCAGAACUUUGCCCAUUGCACAGCUUUCCAACAGUGAACAGUUGAAAACUAUAGACAGCUACAAUGCCGUCCUUAAAGGUGCAUUAUGUAACAUUUUUGCACCAAUGAAUGAAAUAUCUUAAUUGGAAAAUUUUCGUGAGAUUAUAAUUUACUUCCACUUUUGGACAUAUUUUCGCAAUCAUCCCACAUUUCUGACAUUUAUGGUUGGGACUAAAACAGCCCACACGAGGCGAACUCAGUUUGUGGUACCACCACAAAAUACCAGAAGGUAAACAAACAUGGCCGACAGCUGUGUUUCAAGCUUCAACACACUUGUAAGGCAUCGUAUUUUGGCAUCUCCCCAUUCUGAAUGGCGCUUAUUUGCAAUAGACUAACCUAAAGGGUUGAUUCAACUUAAAGAAACAACCAAAAAAAUGACUUUUGUAUCUUCUUAAUGUUACAUAAUGCAGCUUAAAAUACAUGAGUACAGCCUUAAAAAUGGAUGUUUUGCACAAUAUAUGUCAGGUUUCAUGCCCGUAGCCA